GACGUCAUCAUCGUCUCCAUCGAGAACUCUGUCAUCGCUGGUUUCUCCUUUGGUGCCAUGUUAGGGAUGGGGAGUGCCUUGGAGACGCUAUGCGGACAAGCAUUCGGAGCUGGGCAACUGGACAUGUUGGGGAUCUAUAUGCAGAGAUCUUGGGUGAUCUUGAAUACAACGGCCAUCGUCCUGACCUUUCUGUACAUAUUUGCGGAGCGAUUCUUGAAGCUGAUAGGGCAAUCAGAUGAGAUCUCGAAGGCAGCUGGGGUGUUUGCGAUAUGGAUGGUUACGCAGCUGUUCGCCUAUACCAUGAACUUCCUCAUCGCCAAGUUCUUGCAGUGUCAAAGCAAGAUGACGGUGAUGGCAUUGAUAUUGGCAGUGGCUCUGCUACUCCACACCUUCUUUAGCUGGCUCCUGAUGCUGAAGCUUGGUUGGGGAUUAGUCGGUGCAGCCAUCAUGCUCAACGCCUCCUGGUGGUUCAUAGUGGUGGCUCAGCUGAUCUAUAUCUUCAGUGAGACAUGUGAUCGAGCUUGGACUGGCUUCUCACGGAAGGCUUUUCAGAAUCUCUGGGGAUUCAUCAGGCUAUCGCUGGCAUCCGCUGUUAUGCUCUGGUAA